AUGGUGGGGCUGAAAAGGGGAGCGGCUGGGGGCCUGAAGGGGAGCCAGGAGGAGCAGCUGUCUAGAGCCCCCCUGGACCAGCCCUACGGAAGGAUUGAAGAUUGCUUGCCCCCUCUGGCCACCCCUUCCGCCAAGAGAUUCUCUCCAGCCAAACGGAAACAGUACUACAUUGACCAAGCCAUCCGCAACUCGGACCUCAUCCCCAAGGCUAAAGGGAAGAAGAGCCUCCAGCGCCUGGAGAACACGCGUUACCUAAUGACCCUCCUUGAGCGGGAUGACUGCACCAGUGAAGAUGGAGAUCUUGCCCAUUCUGCCCCUCCCAGCAUUUUUACUGAGGCCUGCAGCAAUGAGACUUAUAUGAAGAUCUGGAACGAUUUCAUGAACCGGUCUGGGGAAGAACAAGAGCGAGUCCUCCUGUAUUUAGAAGAGAAGACUUCAAAAAAAUCAAAAAAUAAGUUGCCUGAUAAAGCUGACAUCAAGUGGAAAGAGCAUCCUCCGUUCACACCUAAAGAUUGUUUUCAACGCAUCAGCCGACGCUUACGAACCACCCUGAAACGAAGUCGGAUUCCCAUGGAAACCUUGGAAGGCUUGGAGGAGGAGUUGCUGGCCUUUUUCUCCACUAACCCUCACGCCGUCUACACAGCUAUGAUGGACAAUAGCUUUGAACGGCUGCUCCUUCAUGCCCUCUGCCAGUACAUGGACCUCGUCUCUGCCAGUACAAACUACGAAGGCAAACGCCAAAUGAAGGUUAGCAACAAACACACUGUCUUUUUGCCUCCUGAGCUGCUGUUGUCCACCUACCUGGAGCAAAUGAGCUGAUAUCCAGCAGAAAAUGAUGUCCCUGUCUCACUCCCCGGGCCUACUUUGGAGAUGUCUGCUUCCAUUGCUUUGCAGUAUUCAACAUCAAUUACGUUACAUGGGGCUAGGUUCUCCCACCUUCAGCUAUGCCAAUCUGGCAGACUGAUAUCCUGUUGUGGAAUUGGGACUUUGAUGCCAUCCACAGGUUGUGUAUGGUUGCCUAGCAAGAGUCCAUCUUUCCUCUUUGCUGCUUGAACACCUGGAAGGCCGCAAAGGUCCUGGAUGGGAGUGGAGGCAGUUGCCUUAAACCCAGAUAGGGAGACUAAAGUCAGGCUUGUGGGAUCUGUGACCUCCAGACAUUAUAAAACUACAAAUCCCAGCAUGCCUUGCUUUUGUCAUCCAGGUUGGGCCUUCUGACUGAGCAACUGAGGGAGGCCAAAGGAGGGAAGAGCCCCUACCCCCAUAACAAAUCAUACUUCAAAUAUUUUGCUUUGCUUAGGUUAAACUUUUUUACCCAGGUACUAUCCAAAUAUGCUGCAGUCCAGUUCCAUUAUCCCCAAUCAUCACCAGCAAUUAUCUUGUUGGUUGGGGUGAUGGAGGCUAGAGUCCACCAUGAGCGUUUUGUGAAUAGAGAACCAGUGUAUACAUUGAAAUAAUUUUUAACAGCAGCACAACGGGGUUGGGUGGGUUAUUAUAAUCAAUUUCUCAUGUAGUCCAAACGUUGCUUAGAAGCACUCAGUUUUUCCAUGGGGGAUUAAUAUAAAUUCAAAAGUUUGGACCUCAGUUCUAAUUCCUUUUUCAUUUUCACCUUUAAAAACUCCAGAAAAUUGUUAGGUCUUCAUUCUAAAAGACUCAGCAGCCUGCAACCUUAAUGAAUGAAUGAAUGACAUUUCUCUGCAACAAGUUUAAAACUUCUCAGCAUCUGAGACUGAUGAAGGAGAUAGGUAAAGUUUUCUGUCUCUGCAAGGUUAAAACCUGGUUUCCCAGCUCAGACUGGAAACAAGCAAAUAGUCACGUUGCCCAGCCUUCUUCAACCUGGUGCCCUUGUUAACAGUAUGUUGGGACUGCAGCUUGCCAGAUUUAUCAGAGAACUGAGGAGAAUGUUAACUUCAUUGCAUUUGGAAGAAAUACCCUGUUAGAAAAAGGCCUCUCUAAGUCAGGGCU